ACUGUGGCUGCUUUUGGUUCCUUCAGGUUUGUCAUCAAAGGAAGCCUGGCCGGAGCUGCUGUGUACGUGGCCUACGAUCAGGGGCUGCUGGGCAGCGGUGCAGAAGGCGCUGAAGCCCUAAAAAAGGCUCAGGCAGCUCUGCCUCCUGCAGUCAGAGAGUGGACGAGUUACGUGGGCUGGGAGCUCCCGCCCACUCCAAGCUUGGACUUUUCCCCCUCUGAUUCCUGGAAUAAAGGGGUGCACACGGUGAUGUCUGCCCUGUCUGUGGCUCCCAGCAGGGCCUGCGAGUACACGGCGGAGGGCUGGAAGUACGUGAAGGACCUCGUCAAGUGAGCACGUCCUCUGGGUGCAGCUCUGCACUUCUGUCCGUCCUGUGCUGGUCCCGCUGGAGGGCAGCUCAGCCAAGCAAGGGCUACAAUAAAGGACUUUGGAAGCUCCUGUUUCA